CGUAUUAGAAAUGCACCAAUGCUACUUCAUUACUAUACUACUUCCCCUUAGGCAGUGUUAAUUAGACGACGGAUCACACUGUUUUAGUGCAAUCGCCGCGACGAUCAGUCGUGGAAGCUCAGCCCACGUGCUGGACAUUUUUUGCUGCUCUUGUCAUAUUUCUAGAGGCGUCCCCCGCCCUCAAGCAUCAGUCCAUGUAUACGAUCAGACUGCCUGGCAAUAAAUUGCGCUCUGACUGAUUAGCAUCGAAUCUGUUGCUAUGAUCAGCUCCUUUGCCUUGGUCACGGCUCUGCCGGCGCUGGCUGCGAGCGUGCUAGCCUAUCAAUAUCCAACUAUUCCGAAAGACUUGACCACUCCCUACCAACAGCGCCUUGCAGUGGUCGGUCCCACUGCUGUCUCGGUCGGUUGGAACACAUACACCCAGCUUAAUCAAUCUUGUGUUGAAUAUGGCACGUCUGCCGAUAGCCUAGAUUCACAAGUGUGUUCGACCAUUUCUACCACGUACGCGACGUCGCGCACAUACUCGAACGCUGUCACGCUCACCGGCCUGACCCCGGCGACAACCUAUUACUACAAAAUCGUAUCGGGGAACUCUACCAUUGACCAUUUCUUCAGCCCACGCACACCAGGCGACAAGACCUCGUUCAGCUUGGAUGUUGUGAUUGACUUGGGUGUGUACGGACCCGACGGAUUCACGGUUUCGGAUAAUGCCUCGAAGAAGGACAAAAUCCCAUCGGUCAAUCCAGUUUUGAAUCAUACAACCAUCUAUCGUCUUGCCCAGACUGUGGAUGACUACGAGCUCAUCAUCCACCCGGGUGACUUUGCUUAUGCUGAUGACUGGGAGCUCAAGAUUCAAAACCUUUUGGACGGCAAGAAUGCCUACCAGGCCAUUCUUGAGCAAUUCUAUGACCAGCUAGCCCCGAUCUCCGGCCUCAAGCCCUAUAUGGCCAGCCCGGGAAACCAUGAAGCUGCUUGUGAGGAAAUCCCCUACACUGCAGGGCUCUGUCCUGAGGGCCAGAAGAAUUUCACCGAUUUUCUCCACCGAUUUGGAAACACGAUGCCCACCUCAUUUGCUUCAUCAUCCUCCAACAAAACCGCCCAGACACUUGCACAGCAGGCUAAGUCACUAGCCCAACCACCAUUCUGGUAUUCCUUUGAAUACGGAAUGGUACACAUCACCAUGAUCAAUACCGAGACCGACUUUCCUAAUGCCCCAGAUACACAAAGCGGCUCAUCGCACCUGGGUGGCGGACCCUUCGGUCAGCCCAAUCAACAGCUGGAUUUUCUGGAAGCGGAUCUUGCUAGUGUUGAUCGCAGUGUAACACCCUGGGUCAUCGUCGCUGGCCAUCGCCCCUGGUACACCACCGGUACAGGCGCAUGCACAUCUUGUCAAACGGCAUUUGAAGGCCUGUUCAAUAAGUACGGUGUGGACCUCGGCGUUUUCGGUCACCAACACAACUCUCAGCGCUUUCAACCAGUGUACAAUAACACUGCCGAUCCCAAGGGGUUGAAUGAUCCCACAGCUCCCAUGUACAUCGUCGCUGGAGGCGCUGGAAAUAUCGAAGGUCCUACGUCUGUGGGAUCAGAGCCUUCGUAUACUGCAUUUGCAUAUGCGGAAGAUUUCAGCUACGCAACAAUCAAGUUCAUUGACUUGCAGCACUUGCAAAUUGAUUUCAUUCGCUCCUCAACUGGUGAGGUUCUGGAUUCUAGUAAACUGUAUAAAAGUCAUUCAGAAUCGUUUGUCGUUCAGUAGUGGUUCAUGUGGAGAAUUGCUGUUCUAAAGGUUUCCGAUACUUGAAUAUACUGGAAAUGAGUGCAUGUAAAUACCUUCCACCAAUAGUCUUGUUUCAUAUCUAGCUAUUUAAUGAUCUAUCAAUGAAGCAACGAUAGAAUAUAAGUGCCUUUACUCUUCUA